ACGGUAGUGGGAGCCCAGCGCCGCCGGGAGCCGCCUGCCGCUCUGUCCGUCUGUCCAUCUGCCCGCUCGGUCCGUCUCCCGGAGCCGCAGCCGCGGGAGCUGCUGCGGGCGUUGGCAGGUUGACCAGCCCAGAUCACAGUGCUAGUGACCUGAAACAAGGAUCCUGCCCAAUGCAUGAUCAGUACAACCUGACUUCUUCUUGAGGAGAACAAAUAUUUCUCUGAAAGUCUGUCCCCUCAAAGCAGCACACAGGACGAGCUUGGAUAGAACAAAAUACAUGGGACACACAGACAGUUAAAGACUAGAAUAGACACUGUGCUUCCAGUCCCAAGAUUUUUAAAGGAGGAGUUGGACCAAAGAGCCUGAAGACCAUGGAGGGAGACUGUCUGAGCUGCAUGAAGUACCUGAUGUUUCUUUUCAAUUUCUUUAUAUUUCUGGGAGGAGCAUGCCUGCUGGGACUUGGAAUCUGGGUCAUUGUGGAUCCCACAGGUUUUCGAGAGAUAGUGGCUGCCAACCCUCUGCUCUUCACAGGAGCGUACAUCGUGUUGGCUAUGGGAGCAAUGCUCUUUCUGCUGGGUUUCCUUGGCUGCUGUGGUGCCAUCCGUGAGAACAAAUGCCUCCUGCUUUUUUUCUUCAUGUUUAUUUUGUUAAUCUUCCUGGCAGAGCUUUCAGCUGCAAUCCUGGCUUUUAUCUUCAGAGAAAAUCUGACCAGAGAGUUUUUCACCAAGGAGCUGAAGAAGCAUUACCAGAGGAACAACGACACAGAUGUCUUCUCUUCCACCUGGAACUCUGUUAUGAUCACAUUUGCCUGCUGUGGAGUGAACGGGCCAGAAGAUUUUGAAGCUAUCCCCCAUCUUCCACACUCCUCUUUGGAAAAGAUGACACCAGAGGCUUGUUGUCAGCGAGAGCUCCAGAGCCGGGAGGGGAUGUUUGUCAACAAGGAAGCUUGCCUCACAGGCAUCGAGAGGUUUCAGAACCGACAGGGCUGCUACACUGUGAUCCUGAACUCCUUUGAGACCUACGUGUACCUUGCAGGAGCCCUUGCCAUCGGAGUGUUGGCUAUUGAGCUGUUCGCCAUGAUUUUUGCUAUGUGUCUCUUUCGAGGGAUCCAGUAAGAAAUGGCCCAUGGACCACCAUGUUCCCCACAUGUUCAGAAGAAAGAAGGAAAAUCAGAAGAAACAAAAUCUGAAAACACCCAAAAAACUUUAUUUUUUUUAAAAUGGGAUAGGGAGGGGAAAAAAAAAAAGGAAAAAAGGGGGUUGUAAUAUAUGAAUGACCAAAAGGAUUGUACUUCAGGGGCUGGAACUUUGAGGUGAUGUGCACUACACUGUACACCGGACCCUUGCCCAGAGCCACCCGCAGCAGCCGUGGAGCAGGAGCCCAGCACAGCUGAUUGCACUAAAGACUGAUGGAGCCAGUGGAGGGGGCGUGGGAGGAUGAGCACAGCUGCCUCUUCCACAAGGCUGAGCCUACCAUGCACAACUUCAUCGUGCUUUAGACAGCAAAGGACUGAAGAAUAGACACACAAGGGACUGGAUAAGGCAACAGGUUAGCCUUGAUUAUCCAAGUGGGUUUGAAACAAGUGGUGAUGGCUCAUCUAAGUAGGUAGUCAUUGUUUGCGUGAUUCUGGGUUUAAUUUCCAGCCACAGAAUGAAAACACAGAUUCUUCAGUGGAAACUUUGCCCUUGUCACGUGAAACUUGUCUGAGAAGUCUAGCACUUCAGUGAGGCUGGCUUUUCUCCAGAGCUCCAAGCAGGGGCAGCAUGAUCUAACUUGGCAAUGGGACUCAGCUAAGGCUGGCUGAGGGUCAAGAGUUUGGUGCCUACCUUUCUGUUUUUACUAAGAUUUAUUGUUCAUUGUUGUGAAAGAGACCAAAUGGUUCCCUGCUGUGUUCCCAUCCCCUGGGAAAAAUAAUGGUCCGGUCAAGAAUCACUGACCUGCUGCCUUCCUGAGAAGGGGAGGAUAGAAUCUUUAAAUCUGGUAAGCCUUUGCCUUUCCCUUGAUACUUGCAAAAAAAUGGUUUAUGGUGCUCUGUUAGCAUAACUAUUUGCAGUGGUUCCUACAUCCUUUCCAGCCCUAAGGGGAGGUCCAGUCAUGGUGCUGGAUGGAAGAGGCUUAGGUUUGUCAAGCAUGCUGUUUGCCUGGAACAGUCUGUUGGCAUCAUUUCUGCUCAGAGAAUUUCCCCUGAGAUUCUCUCAUGGGCUCAUGAUGAAAGUAAUCAUCAAGUCAGAAUUGUUUUAGUUGAGAGUGUUUCCUCCCUUGAGAUAGUUUUUUAUUUAACUAACAUGUCAUCUACUCAAUCAUUUGGAAGUGAACUUGAGAAAGAUGCCUGGGACUGGACCUUAGUCAGAGAUUAAGCUGGAGCUUCUGAGGCCCCAGGCAGCCUCUAAGAGCACCCAGUGUGCAGACAAACUGCUCCAGCUGCUGCUCCAGUGGUCAUGGAUAUCAACUCAGGCAGGUCGCUGGUUUCUCUUCUCUGGAAUCAUCAGCUCCUGUUGCCUUAAUUGUUCAUCUGGUCACCCUCUGACCCCAAACUCAUUUUACCUGGGGGAGGAUAGAAAGGGCUGUGGUUUCUCAUUUAUCUUAGGUCUUUUUACAGAUUUUAUAGGCUCAGAUUAUGUGAGCACACUUAUACAGGCUCAAAUCACCUCUUCUGAAAGCUGUAACCUCUGGCAAGGAAGGAGCUGAACAGUAAUCUCAUGUCCUGGCUUUGCAGCUGCAGGAGGUACAUCCUCUGGCUGUUCCCUUACACCCCUGGGGCUGUGUCCCUUGAGCUCUCCCAGUGGCACUGCACAGACUACAGGCAAGGGAGAAAAAGCAGCAGAAAGCCUAGGCCAUAAUUGACAAAGAUCCUAGCUAAAUAUCCAGGUUGGGGAAUCAAGAUACUAAGGAGCAGGAAGGAGGCGUUAGAAGUUUUUCCAUUUUCUCUUCAUUUGAGAACAACACUUCAUUCAUCAGGAGGAUAGGGCUGGGCAGGUAGAGCUGCAGCCCCCCCAUGCUGCAGUCAGCAUAUUCAGCAAUGAAACAGGCGGCCAGGGCUGCUGAGCAGCCCCAGAUGUUGCAUUAAACCUUGUGGAAAGCUGUUCUGAACUAUUUCCCUCUGGACCUUUUUGUAAUGAGGCAUUGUAGCAUUAAAUUCUAGUCUGUUGUUUAAUAAAGGAAAACAGUUUGGUUAGCCAAAACCCAGCAGUAUUUGUACUGAACAGCAGGUGCUGCACUUAAGAAAUAUCUGCUGCAUCUACUAGUCUCGUAGGAAAUGGGCCCAGCAGAAGGUGAGCUUAUCUGUUCUCCUUCUGCCUUAGGAGUUGGUGUCAGUUACUGUUCUGGGAGAGCAAAUCCCAGGGAAAGAACAAAACUGUCAGAAGAGACAGUAAUUUGGCUGGAGGUUAUUGAGAGAAGUAGAACUGCCUCCCCCAGUCUCCAGUUUUUUUCUUUCCCCUUGGUUUAUUAUGCAGAGUCCUCAGGUCGGAGCCUGGAAGGCAAAUACUCUAAUUUGCGCAUGGUGGGUGGUUGAAAGGAAAAAAAAAAAGCCUUUAAGCCUUUUUCUGCCAACAGUGGCAUGGGAGGGAGGAAAAACCGUCAGAGCUGGGGGAACCAGACCAAAGCAGUCAGAGCACUAAGUACUGAAUACACACACCUGAAAUAGGAUCUCUGCUGGCUUGUUUCUCUUUGGCUUUCCUAAUUCUGUACUCAGUGCUUUGUCUGUAGCUUUCUCACUUUCCCUCUCUCCCAAAUGGCAGUCCCUCAAUCUUCAAAAGGAUCUCCUCUUCACCUGUUGUUCUGGGCUGUGCACAGCUGUUUCUCGUCUCUUACCUUGUCUGAUCCCUCGAUGCUCUUUGCUGGGUGAAGACUUCAAAUCCUCUCGGUAGGCUGGCUCACAUGCCACUUGAAACAUAGCUCAAAACCCCAGCAAAGGCCAGGCAGCAUCAAUAUGUGCAAGUCUGACAGUGGUAGUUGGUAACAUGCAAAAAGAAUUUCCCUCAGGGGACUUUAAUGAACUAGCAACCCUAGAAAGCAGACUCCCACUGUAUGGCAAAGCGUGUAAAUUUGUUGGUUUUGUCCCUUGGUUAUGUGGCUGCCCCCUCUGUUGUACAGUAGUCUUCAGAACUGUAGGCAGGAAAAGCAAUUGUAUUUUUAUAUGUGUUUUUAACAGCUCUGGUGAAUAGUCUGGGGUCGGGGCUAAAGGUAGAGUCACUGCUCGCUGGAGAGCUCUGGGCAGGCUGGAGACAAGAUAGAGCUGCUGUGCUGCUGCCUCCUUUGCUGUAGCACUGUGACCAUGGCCCAAGCACCUUGGAUGGAGUAGAGAGGAGCCUGUGCUUGUGAGCCCACAGCCCCUCUCAGCAUCCCUGCCUCCUGGCUGUUAUUUAAUGCUGUCACAAAUGCCUGGGAAAAGGGCUGGCGUGUGAAAUAAUGUUUGAAAUCUAUUUUAAAAAACUGUAAAUGUACUUUUUAUUAGAUAGUGGAGCUAAUUUAUCCUGUAUUCCCUACUGUAAUGCUUUUUUAUAUGGAAAGGAAUUUUUUUUUUUGGUAAUAUAAACCAGAACACAAGCCUGAAGCACUCUGUGCAUGGUUUUUUGUGUGCAUUUCUUAAAAAAACCCAAAAAAACCAACAAAAAA